GCCGUGGUUGGCCUGACGACGGCGUGCAUGAGGGUAAACAACCACCAAACUCACCAAGAAGAGGAAGAGACGAGGAUAAGAUGUCUUCCGGUAUGCCUCCAUCACCGCCAAUAUCGGAGUCAGAUCCAGCAAAACCCUCCAUGUUCAGCUUCGGAAAGGGCAUGACAAGAUCCGAAACCCUCGCAACCUUUGCCCGAGCACCCUUCUCAACCCAACUUCAACGCCUAACAACCCACGCCCUCCCCUCCUCCGACGAACUAACCCUCCGUAUCUCCUCCCGCUCAACACCCGACGCACUUUGCGAAAUAUCCUCCAUAGCUACCGAUGCAGAAAAGUGGAUUCGGAAUACGAGACUCGUGUUGGAAGGGUUGGAUGCGGAGGAUGAUGUCGAGUGGGCGGGACAGGGCAAGGAUGGGUUCGUGGGUGUUGAGGCGCAGGUGGGACGGUUUAAUAUGUUGUUAUCGACAUAUCUCUCUGUGUCUCUCACUGUACUCGAGCGACCGGAUGUGCGGCCCUCCCCCGGAUUCGGCGAGGCACCAUCUUCCUCUUCACAGGAAAACCCGGCUGGACCAUUAUUGGAUCGCCUCGACGCCCUAUCACAAUCAUUCCAAGACCUUUUGGUGAUACAUGGCAGAAUUAAACAACAAGUCGAUAUUGCGUUAGAGUGGACAGAAGUCUCCCAGACUCUAUCCGAAAUCGACUCGGAAUUGAUACGGUGCGACACACUCAUCUUCGAGCUCGAGGAAGCGCGACACAUCCCCCCACCAUCACCCUCCCUCGACGUCAACUCCCUCGAAGCCCUCGUCGCAGUGAACGACGGCCGAAGAAGAACUGGAUCCGGAACCAGACACGCACGAACAGCAAGCCUCGCCACCCUCCCAACCCAAACCUCCGCCCCCCUAACCCGCCUCGAAGGCCUCAUGGCCCCCCUCCGCGCAUCUCUCUCAUUCCUCACCCCCCGGUUAUCCUCCUUUACGACUCGCGCAACAAACAUCUUCCCCUCCGCUGUCAAAGCCCUACAGGACCGUAAACAUGGCGUCGAGAAGCGGUGGGGGAAGCUCGAGGGGACGGUGGAGAGGGUGAGGGAGGAGUUGGGGGAGGAUCAGUGGGUUGUUGUGUUUCGUGCUGCGGGAGGGCAGUGUAGUGAUAUGAUUUCGUCCAUUUUGCGUACGCUCGGAAGACUUCAAUUGUCUGCUGAGGAGGGGAGCGGGAGUGGGAGUUGGGAUCGAGAAACACUGUUAUCGUGGCAAGGAAAGAGGGAGGGCUACGUUCCCGCCAUCCCACGCGUCCUCGCCGUCAUUGAAAAGGGCAUACGGGAUCGCCUCACAGUGAAUGGGGAAGUCCUCCGUCUCUACGAGGGACUAAAACAGGAGUGGGAGAAACUUGAGGGGGAGGUACGGGAGAUGGAUAGGGUUUUGGAGGAGGAGGACGCGUUUGGGACGUUGAAGUCGAGUGAGCGGGAACCGGAAGUGGAACCGCCCCGAAAAGGCAGGAUGGAGGAGUUGAGAGGGGAGGGUUCUCGCACACCGGGGAAGAAUGGGGAAGAGAUGAUGGUGGCGGCGGAGGGGUGGGAUAGUACCCCGCCGAGUCAACUCAAAGUCCCACUGCCGCGACGGGAAGCCGCUAUCCCAAUCCCGAGGCCGACACCGUUUAGUCAGCGGAGGGUCGUGUCGCAUAAUGGGUACGGGGGGGAGACACCAAGGAGGGGGAGUACUAGUAAUGCUAGUGCUAGUGUGGUGUCGACGUCUACACCCUCGUUGAGGAGUGGGGUUACGAGUCCGACGCCAUCGACAAUGGGAGGGAGGAGAUUUGAGGGGGGGUUGAUUCCGUUGACGGCGCGGCCGAGGUGGAAUGUGAGUCCGAAAGCCGGGGUUUUGGCUGAGUCCGUGUCCAGUUCUCCCACACCUACGUCGAAACUCGGCAGAUUGGGCGGGAUGAGGAGCGUGAGUGUGAGUAGCGGGACGGAAGUGAGUCCGAGUCGACUGGCUAUGCCCCCACCCGCUGCGCCCCGUAGCGUGAGGAGAACGAGUGGGAUUCCGAGAGUGGUGACGCCUUCUGCUCUCCCGAAACCGACGACGUCUGCGCCGAGUACGCCAAAACUCGGGGUUCCACGAACGCUGGGUACCGGUGUCUGCAGCACGCCGGGUAUCGCGGUAGUCCGUAGCACGCCUGAACGGGAUCGUAGGGCGAGUGAUAUUGGCGGGAGUCCAGUACGGCGACUCAGUGGUAUUCCGACGCCGAAACGACGGGUCAGUGAAAUCCCUCCUCCUCCUGGGCGAAGGGUGAGUGGGAUCCCGGUGCCGGGUACUGGGGGUUGUACGCCGAGGAGAGCGGGGAGUGCGUUGGGCAUGGGGAUGAGUGAUGUGGGUGAGGCGGCGGCGGGUUCUCGGCUUGCUGCAGCUGCGGUUGGGAGUGCGACGAGUAGUCCGGUCAAGAGGCCGAUGUCGCGGGUGGGUGGGGUGUCUUCUGGUGUGGGUACGCCGAGACGACCGGGGAGUUCGUUAGGGAGUGCGAAGACUGCGCCGUCGACACCGGGAACGACACCGGGAACGGCUGCUGGGUUGAAGACCCCGGUUGUUGGGACGCCGAGUACGGCGAGGAGAACGAGUGGGAUUCCGAUGCCGGUUGGGACGCCGGCAAGGAGUAUGUCGAGGUUGCGAGGAAACGAGGGGGAGAAGGAGAAGGCUUUGCCGAAGUGGAAAUGAAUGCGCGAAUGAGUGUGGAGUGUCUAUCAUAUGGAGUUCACCGGCGUACUUUUGAUUUAGGGAUAAUUUCGCCUUCGUCGGCAAAACGAGCAUUUUCGAACACAC